UCAGAGCAAACACAAAGUCAAAAUAAAUUCAUGAACAGUGAUCACGACCCUACGCUUAACAUUCUCUUCUUCAAUCUCUCUCUCCAUUAAUUUAACCACAACCCGUAUAUACACACAAAAAGCAUCCAAAGUUGAAAUCUUUAUCAUUAUCAGUAGUUAUGUAGUGUUUGCGCCUUUUGAUGCCUCAUACCUUUCCCUUUCACUUUACCUCUUAAACCAGCUAAAAGCUUCACCCUCCAUUUCCAAGUAGUAUCUAUAAAGGAAGAGUUUCCCCUUCAACACAGGAUCAUAGCAAUAAUGGAGGUUCGAUCAAAAAGAAGCAGCAGAGAAAGAGAAAUCAGCCCCGACAGGGCUAAAGUGUGUAUGCAACCAAAGGUCAAACCCAUCAAAAAGGUUCAGGUUGUUUACUAUCUCUCGAGAAAUGGCCAACUUGAGCACCCGCAUUACAUGGAAGUUGUCCAUUUCACUAAUCAUCAUCUCCGCUUGAAAGAUGUUAUGGAUCGGCUUACUGUUCUUAGAGGCAAAGGCAUGCCUUCUCUUUACUCAUGGUCUUGCAAAAGGAGUUACAAGAAUGGUUAUGUCUGGAAUGACUUAGCAGAGAAUGAUAUAAUUUAUCCAUCAGAUGGAGCUGAGUACGUACUCAAAGGGUCUGAACUAGUUGAAGGAUGUUCAGAGAGGCUCCAACAGCUUCAGGUAACUAAUAAUAACAGACCACUAAUUCAGGAACUCAAUCUCCAUGCAAAAGGAAAACAACUCGCUCCGAGUCAACAACCCAAACUACAACUCGAGGAAACUCACAACACCAAAUUCGAGUUUGAAGAUUUCGAAGAAGAUCAAGAGCAAGAAUCGCAAGAAGAGUAUGAAGAUGAAGAGAAAACAAGCUACACAUCCUCAACAACACCACAUUCUCGUUGCUCUAGAGGUGUAUCAACAGACGAACUCGAAGAACCCUCUAAAAACCCCACGACUGAGUCAACUCACCAUGACUCUUCACCACCACCACCACCACCACCACCAUCCAACAAAGCCCACUUGAUCACCAACCCAAACAACACUCCUAUUCCUAAGAGAUAUGAAGAUGGUGACCCAAUUUUCACCGAGUCAGCACCGAGUCGUAACUCUGUCCUACUCCAGCUCAUUUCUUGUGGAAACUUAGCUGUGGCUAAAGCAAAGAACAAUGCUGCAGAAAGCUUAAAGCACCAACAGCCAAAGGUGACUACUGUAGUUAUUAAGAGAAGUGAAAGCAAUCUUCAUAAAGGGGUUUUGUACAAGAGUGCUGUUAAGGUUGCCGAGGAAGAUGAGAUAAGAUACAUGUCUGAGAAUCCUAGGUUUGGUAACCUACAAGCUGAAGAGAAGGAGUACUUUAGCGGCAGCAUUGUUGAAUCCAUGAGCGAGAACCGAGUCGCGGCUGAUUCAGCCGGAUUGAAGAGAUCAAACUCCUACAAUGAAGAGAGGAGCACAAAGGGUAGAAUGGAAGAAGAAGCAGAGCAAGAAGAAACUAGGGAGAGAGGAUCAAGAGGGAAGUGCAUCCCUCGCAAGAUGGUUCUAACAUCAUCUUCUUCAAAACAGACCAAAAAAUAACAAAAAUGAUAUAGUAUUCUCUGUUGAUGGGGUGGUUGCUGUCACUUAUCAAAAGUAAUUAUUAUUAGUGUCAUAAUUAAUGAGAUGCUGUAAAAGUAAAAACCUUCUUGUUGAGAUGGUCAGACUCAACAUGCCAUGCCAUUUAGAUGUAACGUAACUGCAGGAAUCAUGCAUGUAAUUUACUUUUUAUUUUUUAGUGUUUGUCUUGGAGUGAAACUUUAAUUCAUCUUAAUUUCUUUUUUUUCUUUC